AUGAAGCAGAGAGAUGACCAGAGGUUUGAUCCCGGUCGCAUAUUCUACAACCAGGCGCGUAGCUUGAUUCCAGACGUUAUCGAACGUUCUUGCGUCAGCGCAUCCUAUGUAUACAUGGGAUUAGCCUUGCGCAAAGCGCUUGCCAUCGGCCUCCACCAGGAACCCGACGAAUCUGCCUUUAGUCCGGAAGAACAAGAGGCUAGAAGAAGGUUGUGGUGGUCUAUAUACUCUCUAGAGAGAACUAUGACUAUUAAGCUCAACCGCCCGCGAUCUAUCAGCCAGGACAUCAUCUCAGCCCGCCUCCCUCGACGAAUGAGCCGAGACUCAGUCCAAAAAUUCGACAACGUUCAACACCAGAUAGCCAACGCAACCUUUGUUCUCAUCAUUGACAAGCUCUCACAACCAGGUGCAUGGUCACGGAUUAACCAAACUCCUUCAGCGUCAGAGAAUUUCAACUCUUGGAACAGCGCCCAGGAUUCCCUAAAGAAAUGGAAGAAAGAUCUGCCGCCCUCAAUCCGUCUUCUAAAUGUUGACCCCAAGUCUUCCAGCUACAGGACCGUAUUCCACCUUCAUCUUAACUACUAUUUUGCUUCAAUAGAUAUGGGUAAAGUCUCAGUCGUCACUGUCGUCAAAGCCCGGCUUCGCGCGGCUUUUCGUCCCCAGGAUGAGCCUCAAAGUAUCAGCAAAGAUGUUGAACGGUCCUCGGAUGCGUGUGUAAAAGCAGCGAAGAAAAUGAUCGAGCUCUUUGAGUGCCUGUAUCGCAGCGGCAACUUGGCGCGGUUCUCUUUUACGGACUUCCAGGGCUGCAGUAUUGCCACGAUCAUCCUGUUGCUUGCAGGCAUCCUGACCCGAGACUCAGGGUAUGAGGGCCGUAUAGCCUUCGGGCUGGACUGUCUUCGCCGGAUGGCUUGUGGCGGGAACGUUACGGCGCAGGUGGGAGUUCGCUUUAUUGAGACUUUGCGCUCCAUCACCAACGAAGCAAGGUCCAAGUUUAUGGCAACACAACAGGGUCAAGAAAAGAGCUCUGAUACAUCAGCGGAAGAGACAGUUGAUUAUUUGUGUUGGGAAGAGUGGCUUGCCAAUGCUAAACGAGUUCACGACGCUUCGGAAGGCGAAUCUGAACAAGAAUUUCCCGAGUUAACAGUCAACGUAACGAGACCAUUGUCACUGCGGCAUGGGAUGCAAACCGCUCCAUGGGACGAGUCCGAGGCAUCGCAGCUUGAAAACGUAUUGACGUCAGGAUUCUCUCUGCCAAUGGACAGUACAGCGUCCCUUCACACCCAGCAACCGGUGGCCGCACAAUCUUCAGAAGAUCUUUGGAUGCCCUCAUUUACCUGGACGAAUGAUCAGACGUAUCUAAUGGGUUUGACUGGCAUGGGUGUUUUAGACUUCACAGACCUGUCGUGA